ACCCUUUUGAUCUCGAGGCACAGGCCAAGAUAGAAGAAGACAUAAGGCAACAAAACAUUGAAGAAAAUAUGACGAUAGCAAUGGAAGAGGCCCCCGAGAGCUUUGGGCAGGUGGUGAUGCUGUAUAUUAACUGCAAAGUCAACGGACAUCCAGUGAAAGCCUUUGUUGACUCAGGUGCCCAGAUGACCAUCAUGAGCCAAGCUUGUGCUGAGAGGUGCAACAUAAUGAGGCUGGUAGAUCGGCGGUGGGCCGGCAUUGCUAAAGGUGUAGGGACGCAGAAAAUAAUUGGUAGAGUGCACUUAGCUCAGGUCCAGAUUGAAGGGGAUUUCUUGGCGUGCUCCUUCUCAAUCCUUGAAGAGCAGCCCAUGGACAUGCUUCUAGGACUGGAUAUGCUUAAGAGGCACCAGUGUUCGAUUGAUCUCAAGAAGAAUGUACUAGUGAUCGGCACGACUGGCUCGCAGACCACUUUCCUCCCAGAGGAACGUCAGAAGCCUUGAUGCAUGUAGUGUGUGUUUACUGCAGCUGGAGUGGGCCACAGACCAGAGAAUAGUGACAAAGAAACUACCUCACUGGAAAUGCCCUCAUUACCAGCUUCUGAUGGGUUUCAAAAUCCAGUCCAGUCUUCAGGACUAAAUUCCAAGAUCUGUAAUCCCACAAAUCAAUUACUUGAUCGUUCUGUCUCUGCCCCUGCUUCAAUUUGCUCAUCCGAAUCUAACCUCGCAGAGCCCACUGAUCCUAGAGCUGUCAAGUCUUUUGAGUCUUCAACUGAAUGCCAGAUAACCCCAGAAAAAGAACAUCCUCUCUUAUUACAGCAUCUCUCCAAUAACGCUUCCAUGGCAAAUAACGACCCUUCUCCCCAGACAGGGGAGUCUAAAGGCACUAGUGAAAUUCGUGCAAAGUAUAAUGACUUGUCUAAUUUGGCAGCUGAAGACAACUGUUCCCCCUCCAGCAUCCAUCAGCUGGACACGGAUCAAGCUGGCUAUACGGGACUUACCUCGGCUGCUUCUCCGCUGCCUGCUUUCCCUGCGGCUGAUGUCGAUCGGAUCCUCAGCGCUGGUUUUACCACGCGGGAAGCUCUUGAGGCUUUGGAACAAGCGGAUGGAAACGCAGAUCUUGCUCUUCUCAUUUUGCUAGCCAAGAGUAUCGUUGUUCCUACGUAA